AUGAAAAAAAUAGAAAGCCAUACGAUUGAGUCCAGCAUGGAUUUUCUUAAAAAAAUUCGGAAUGCAAAAAGUAAAUUGGUAGUAAUUGAAUUCUUCUCAGAUGCAUCAGUAAUCCAUGGUCCUGUUGUCGAAAAUUUACAAAAGAGCAUGGCACCUUUUAAGACACAAAUAAUUUAUUUAAAAGUUAAUGCUGAUUUGGCAACAGAUUUGACACGUCGUUACAGGGUGUUAACUACUCCAACAAUAAUUUUUCUUAAAAAUUAUAAAGUUGUUGAUAAAGUAGUAAGAAAUGAUCCAGAAAAAUUUCAAGAAAUAUUUGAUCAAUAUUGUGAUUCGGAUAUAAUUGAAGAAGAAACUAGUAGCACCAAUAAUAUUUUUAAAUAUAAAAGUAUAUCAAGUUGUAAAAGGAAUGAAUAUUACGAUUUGGAUUAUUUUACAUGUUUAACAUGCGGAAAAAAUUUAAUUGGAUCCGAAAAUAAGUUUGAUUGCGUGUGUCCGAGAGAGAUAGCUACAAACAUUCUCUUCGAUACUUUUGAAUAUCAGCCAAUUUGCGUAAGUAAAUGUAAUAAAACUUGCGUAAUCGACUAUAUACCAAGAUCAAUACCUGAUAAUUCAAUCGACUGUAAAAUUAAAUAUGUUAGAGAAAUUGUUAGAUCAGCUCGAAAUAUUACAGUGAAAUCACUUCAAAUAGUACAGCCACCAGAAUAUCAAAUUGAAAAUGAAACAAAUUGUAAUGAAUGUGAUUUGGGAGCAAAUUUUUUAUAUGAAAAUUAUUGUAUUGAAAGCUCAAUACUAAAGAAUUAUUUAAAUUACAAUGCUUUUGGUAACUGGGGUAUUUAUGCAAACUUAAAAUUUACAGCUUUAUUUUGUCGAACAUUUAAAAAUGCAACAGCUUGUAAUCAUUUAGCUAAUUUGUGUGUUGCAUCCUUUUAUAGUUUAGAUAAAAAUUCACCAUGUAGUAUUUUCAUAUUAGCUCAAACUACAGAAUAUGCUUCCGUUUAUAGUGAUGAAGACUUAAAAGAUAUAAAACCGUUCAUUUUUUAUAAAAAAGCUGAAAAAAGUACCAUACAAGAAAUUGAAAAAACAAUUGAUUAUUCAUAUAGUUUAGAUGGUAAAAGUCAAGAAAGUUUUCUUCAAUUUUACACAACAACUUAUUCACUAGAUGGUAAACUUCAACGUAUGGGGCUAAUAUCACCAAAUGAUUUAAGUUUAUGUAAUCAAUUCUCAUUACCAGAACACCACAAUUUUAAAUUCGGCAAAAAUUUCUUAAUCAAAUGUAAAUUCAAUUUAAGAAACUUAAUAAAUCUUGGUGAAAUUAUGGGUAAUAAAAAUUUUAUAAAUUUAUUUUUGAAUUAUUCGAUUGGAAAACAAGAAUACUUGCAAUCAGUACCAAUUUUAAUUAGAAAUGCAUUUUCUAAUGAUUUGAAUACAAAGUUAGAAAAUUGGCAGCUUGUAAAAAGAUUUCAAUUGAUUGAAACUUUACCAAGAUUACAUCAUGAACGUUAUUCACCAAUUUAUGAGGAUGCCUACAAAGUACAAAUAUUUCGAUCAAUUCGAUUUGUUAAUGAUAUUUUAAUCGAAUGUUCAAUUCGAGACAAUAAUAAAAUUUCAAUUCCGAUUAUUAAAAUUAAUUAUGAAAAUGUCGAUAUAUCUUCGAAUAGUAGUUUGGACACUAUGUAUGGAUUCAAUUUCAAGAUGAAUUUUAUAAAAGAACAAUUUUUGAAUUACUGGUUUGAAAUUUUAUUACCACUAUUUUUAUGUAUUGGAUUUGCAUUAGCCUUACUUAGAACUUAUAAUUUUAAAACGCGACAAAAUAAAGAAUUCUAUGAUUUAUCAGCAUUCUUCCAAUUCACCUUGUACUUAUUUUCAUAUUUUGCUAAUGCAUUCUUUUUAAUUGCUGCAAUUGUUGCCAUACAUUGUUUCUUAGUAUUUACAACACAAAAAAUUGUCAGUAUUAUGUUGCCAAUAGAACAAUCAAAUAAUAUUGAAAUACUAAUUUAUUUUGCAUUGGUUUUAAAGAGUAUUUACUUAUUUUUUCAUUUCUGGAGAAUCAUUAAAGUGGAUCUAUGUUUUAUUGAUUGGGAAAGACCGAGAGCAAAUGAUGUGCAUUUCAAUUUUAAAGGAAACUGUGACACUCCAUCGGUUUGCUCUAGUGCUCGAAGUUACAACGAAAAUUCAGUUUCUGCUUGGAGAAUAUUUUUUGUAGCAAAUGAAUGGAUUCAAUUGUGUAAAAGACGUAAAAUUUCAAUAACAUUCCAAUGCUUGCUUAUGUGGAUUUUCAUGAGUAUUAUCCAGGAGAAAUCAUCAAAAUUAACAGAAGAUCGAAUAAUUCAUUUUGCAAUUGUGAUAAUUCUCUAUACAACCAUUUAUUUAUCGCAAAGACUCCUGAAUUAUAUAUUUUGUCAAAUAUUUGGAAACCCUUUACAACGUUUCAUUGAUAUAUGUUCAUUAGCCAAUAUAUCAGUUAUGAUAUUAUUACAAGAUUCAUAUGGUUUUUAUAUACACGGUAGAUCACCACAUGGUUUCUCUGAUACUGAUAUGUCUUCUAUGAUCUUACAAUUGCAACGUGAAUCUCAUAAUAUGUGUGGUAAACGUGGUCUAUUAAUUGGUUCUGAUCAACAAACUUAUACAAUUUUAGCACCAACUUUAUUAAGAUCCUAUUACGGAAAGCUGUUAAUGCCAUUUUUAAAAUCAGUAAACAUCUCUCAAGUUCAUUAUGAAAAAGAAUUUUCUUCACAUAAGGUAUUCGAUUGCACACUUGAAAAGACAACAGUGGCUUAUAGUAGUGUAAAUCGAUUCUUUUGCGCUUUUAUCGAUCAUGCUAUUAAGGAUUUAGAUUACAUAUUGAAAGAAAAAAAUAUUAUUGAAAAAAUUUUGGAUUGUGAAUUUGACAAUUAUUUAACCGAAAAUAAGGGAACUUUUUACAUCGACAACAAUUUCUCAUUUUCAAGAGUUUUCUUAUAUGGCAAUGAAUUUCAAUUAUUUUUAUUUGAAAUUAUUUUGAUAUCAACUAUAUUUUUAGCGACAGGAAAUAUUUUAAUUGCAAUUUUUAUUAUGUGUUUAGUACAAAAAUUAAUAAAAAAGAUUUUUUGCUCAAAAAUGAAAAGCAACUUGUCAGCCAAAACAUUAAUAGAUAGAAGAUUUUUACUUUAA